AUGGCGCGGCCCGCGGGGGCGCGCGGGGCGCUGGGGCUGCUGCUCUCCGCGCUCUGCCUGGGCGCCGCUCAAAGAGGUCCUUUGGGAGAACAAGGCCCGCCUGGCCCCCCAGGGCCCCCUGGAGUCCCAGGCAUCGAUGGCAUUGAUGGUGACCGAGGCCCAAAGGGUCCCCCAGGCCCUCCGGGUCCUGCUGGAGAGCCUGGGAAGCCAGGAGCACCGGGCUCACCGGGCACGCCAGGCGCGGAUGGAUUAACAGGACCCGAUGGAUCUCCUGGCUCUGUUGGACCUCGGGGCCAAAAAGGAGAGCCUGGUAUUCCUGGAUCUCGAGGAUUUCCCGGCCGAGGUAUUCCUGGACCUCCGGGUCCUCCCGGGACAUCGGGCCUCCCCGGAGAGCUUGGCCGCCCAGGACCUAGUGGUGACCCUGGGAAGAGAGGACCACCAGGCCCCCCCGGCCCUCCAGGACCCAGCGGAACAAUUGGGUUUCAUGAUGGAGAUCCACUGUGUCCCAAUUCCUGCCCACCAGGUCGUUCUGGAUAUCCAGGCCUACCAGGCAUGAGGGGCUAUAAAGGGGCCAAGGGAGAAAUUGGAGAACCAGGAAGACAAGGACACAAGGGUGAAGAAGGUGACCAAGGAGAACUGGGAGAAGUUGGAGCUCAAGGCCCUCCAGGAGCUCAGGGUUUGAGAGGCAUCACUGGCAUUGUUGGAGACAAAGGAGAAAAAGGUGCUCGGGGCUUGGAUGGGGAGCCUGGACCACAGGGACUUCCUGGGGCACCGGGUGACCAAGGGCAGCAGGGACCUCCAGGCGAAGCCGGACCCAAGGGAGACAGGGGAGGACAAGGCCCCAGAGGACUGCCUGGACUCCCAGGGCCCAAAGGAGAUGCGGGCUUGCCGGGUGUGGAUGGCCGAGAUGGGAUUCCUGGAAUGCCAGGAACAAAGGGUGAGCCGGGAAAGCCAGGGCCUCCGGGGGACGCAGGCAUGCAAGGGCUGCCGGGUGUACCUGGAAUUCCUGGUGCAAAGGGUGUUGCUGGUGAAAAGGGAAGCCCAGGAGCUCCAGGGAAACCUGGCCUGUUGGGGAAUUCUGGAAAACCGGGCCAACAGGGGCCUGCAGGAGAGGAGGGGCCCAGAGGACCCCGGGGGCUUCCUGGCAGCAGAGGAGAAAUGGGACCGAUGGGGGCUCCAGGCCUACCUGGCAAACUGGGGCCCCUGGGCCGCCCAGGCCUCCCUGGCUUGCCUGGACCCUCUGGCCUGCCUGGAAUGAAAGGUGACCGGGGUGUAGUCGGUGAGCCUGGUCCAAAGGGAGAACAGGGAACCUCUGGUGAGGAGGGUGAUGCAGGACAAAGAGGUGACCUGGGAGACAUGGGAUUACCUGGCUCAAAGGGAUCAGUUGGUAGCCCUGGGGAGCCCGGCCUGAGGGGGCCAGAAGGAAGUCGGGGGCUUCCGGGAGUGGAAGGACCAAGAGGACCACCUGGACCCCGGGGUGUGCAGGGAGAGCAGGGUGCCACUGGCCUGCCAGGCAUCCAGGGCCCACCGGGGAGAGCUCCAACAGACCAGCACAUCAAGCAGGUCUGCAUGCGGGUUAUGCAGGAGCAUUUUGCAGAGAUGGCUGCCAGUCUGAAGCGCCCUGACAUGGGUGUCUCAGGACUCCCUGGGAGGCCGGGUCCCCCAGGGCCCCCCGGCCCUCCUGGAGAGAAUGGCUUCCCAGGUCAGAUGGGGAUCCGGGGCCUCCCAGGAGUCAAAGGUCCCCCUGGGGCUCUGGGUCUGAGAGGACCUAAAGGUGACUUGGGAGAAAAAGGGGAGCGUGGCGCUCCUGGACGAGGUCCCAAAGGACUACCGGGAGCUACUGGUCUCCCAGGUGACCCAGGCACUGCUAGCUAUGGGAGAAAUGGCCGGGAUGGUGAGCCAGGGCCCCCAGGCGUGGCAGGGAUUCCUGGGGUGCCCGGGCCUCCAGGACCACCUGGGCCUGCAGGAUUCUGUGAGCCAGCUUCCUGCACCCUGCAGGCUGGCCAACGAGCAUUUAGCAAAGGGCCUGAUCAGUGAGAGGCUGGGUGCUGCCCAUGUAAACCACAGCUGGUGGAGAAAGAUGGCUGGAAACUGGGCAAAGACCACCACAGAGACAGGACCCUGACUUGGCAAUCAGAUUUGGAACAAUGGUGCUAUUCAGUAAACCCCAUCCCUUCCCCUUGGAGAGAAAACAAGUGUUGUCACUGAAAAUAAUACAUGUGAGUGAAUGUAUAUCCUUCUUCUCAAGGCCUGGAACUUGAGUGUGCUCUUCACAUGUGAUGCAUCCAGGCCACUGCCAAUAAACAGAAACAACUGGUUUACCUCAAUUGCUGUAGUUGUGUUAAUCUAUACUCCAGAGCUUGUCCUCAGAUUACUGACCAAGGUACACAGAGUAUUACUAAGCUGGUCAUGAGGAAAGCCCACUACAAUCAGUAGACUUGGUGCUUUAUGUCCCACCCAUGUGCUUGGUGGGCAUACUCUGGAAUUGCUUUUCCUUAUAUCCUCUACUGUUUUCCAUUUUCAGAAGGAAUUUUGGUUGAUUUGUAUGUAUUGUGCACUAAAUCCACCAACACU